AUGCCAUUCGGACUCAAGAAAGGCGAGAAAGACGGCGAGCUCGACUCCAAGAAGGCCUCGCUCUUCGGCAGUCGCUCCAAGGCCUCCAAAUCAGGGUCUCCCGCCCCUGCGUCCAACAACCCAUACGCUGUCCCACCGCCCUCGAGCGACCCGUACGCCGCGAGGAACACCAACCCAUAUGCCACUCAGGCACCACAAAAUGACCCGUACAUGCGAAGUCAGAGCAGCCUCACACAACCGCCCACAAGCUCAUUCGGCAGUCUCACGCUGAAUGAGAGCAAGAAGGAGGCACCACCCGGCUAUGCCGCUGGCAACGGACCGGCGCCAACCCGCUACGACAAGAGCCCUGUGCCAGCUGAUGGAUAUGGAGGAUCCCAACCCAGAUACCAGAACAACGGCAACUCGUAUGGACAGACUGGUGGAUAUGGAAGUGAUCCAUACGGGACUGGCAGCUCUGGACAAUCUAGAUACGGUGCUGGCGGAUAUGGUGGACUCGGCAGAACCAACAGCAAUGAUACCACGACUACAGACGCUGGCAGAAAUGCGCUGUUUGGAGAUGCGCCCAAUCGAGCUGCCACCAGGCCUCCAGAGGAUCUGCAACAGCAGGGCGGUGACGCUAGCUACAGCAACACUGGGGGCUACGACUCGACUGAAAUGCCAGGUGGAUAUGGAGCUGGUCCACCACGCGAGCUCACUGCAGAGGAGCAAGAAGAAGAGGACGUUCAGACAGCCAAGUCCGAGAUUCGAUUUAUCAAGCAGCAAGAUGUCUCCUCCACCCGUAAUGCUCGCCGUAUUGCAGAGCAGGCCGAGCAGACUGGUCGUGAGACUCUUGCCCGUCUCGGUGCCCAGGGCGAGCGCAUCCACAACACGGAGCGCAACCUCGACAUGGCAUCCAACCAGAACCGUCUCGCCGAGGAGAAGGCCCGUGAGCUCAAGACCCUCAACCGGUCCAUGUUCGCUGUGCAUGUUGCGAACCCCUUCACGGCCAAGAAGCGUGAAGAGGCGGCGAACCAGAUCGCACUGGAGAAGCACCAAGCAGAGCGUCGACAGGCAGAUGCUACUCGAUCUGAGGCGUACAGCUCAACUGCGAGAGGGCAACGCCAGCAGCGGGAUCUUAACGGCAAUGUCGUUCGUCCCUCGGCACAGCGCAACUUGGCUGAUCGGUCGAAGUAUCAGUUUGAGGCUGACAGUGAGGAUGAUGAAAUGGAGAAUGAGAUUGAGGACAACUUGGACGCCAUCCACCGCGGUGCUAGAACUCUCAACAACCUUGGUAAGGCCAUGGGCGAAGAGAUCGACAGCCAGAACAAGCACAUCGAUCGCAUCAUUGGCAAGACGGACAAAGUCGACGACCAGAUUGCGGUCAACCGAGCGAGGUUGGACAGGAUUAGGUAG